AUGCCACCAUCGCCGCCGUCGAACACCACCGCCGCCCUGCUUCUCCUUCUCACAACACUCUUCCUCCCUUUUCUGACCGCCCCAGCAACCCCCCACACCUGCCUGCUUCCGCCGGAAACCCUUUGCCCGCCGUUCACCUCACCACCGCCGUACCCAUUCUCCUUCUCCGCCGGCUGCGGCCACCCCUCCUUCCAGCUCCACUGCCCGUCCCCCGCCCUCUCCGCCGCCAUCUCCGUCAACAAUCUCACCUUCUCUCUUCUCCGCUACGACUCCAACUCCACCUCCAUCACCCUCUCCCCCACCCCAACCCCACCCUCACACCGCCGCCGCGGCUGCAGUCCGACGGCGGCGACCUUGGCCGACCUCAACGGAUCCAUCUCCUUUUCCGGGUCCCCCUUCCGGGUCUCGGAUUCCUCCUGCGCCCGACUGUCGGCCCUCAAGCCCUGUCCGCCGCCCAAUCUCCCCAACUGCAGCCGCUGUCCCCUGGAGUGCAAGCUCAUCCAAAACCCAAUCCACCUCAUCCCCGACUGCGGCGAGGCCUCCACGCGCCACCGCGACGACUUCCAUCAACAGUGCCGGGACGACGUCCUCGACUAUCUCGACAUCAUCGUCCUAAACAAAGGGAUCGAAGUUGAGUGGGACCAAGAUCAAGACCCUUACUUCUCCAGCUGCAGAGCCUGCCAAGCCAGAAACGGGACCUGCGGGUUCAACUCGUCUGAACCCGAUAAACCAUUUCUCUGCUUGCCGGUCCAAGCCCGGAUCCGACAGAAAAGCCCGAACCGGAUUGCCAUCCUCAUCAUAACCUCCUUAUUCCUCGUCCUCCUGAUUGCCCUCUCCAUCGUCUUCGUAGUCCUCCACUCCAGAAAAAGAUCCCUUCCGGACGCCGCCGGCGAGGACCCCACCGCCGUCUUCCUCCGCUACCACCGGUCGGCCAGCCUCCUCCCGCCCCUGUUCGCCUACGACGACCUCGAUUCCUCCACCAACCACUUCGACCCCAAGCGCAAGAUCGGGGAUGGCGGCUUCGGCUCCGUUUACCUCGGCCAGCUUCCGGACGGCAGCCUGGUCGCCGUCAAACACCUCCACAAACACAACUCCAAAAACGGCAUCUCCACAAAAUCAUUCUGCAACGAGAUCCUAAUACUCUCCUCCAUCCACCAUCCAAAUCUGGUGAGGCUCCACGGAUACUGCAGCGACCCUCGUGGGUUGCUCCUGGUCUACGACUACGUACCCAACGGGACCCUGGCCGACCACCUCCACGGAGAGAAGAAAAAGAGCCCUUACAGAAAUGGGGCCCUCAGCUGGCCUACACGUGUCGACAUCGCAUGCCAGACGGCCAUGGCAGUCGAAUACCUGCAUUUUUCGGUGGUACCGCCUGUGAUUCACCGGGACAUCACCUCGUCCAACAUUUUCGUCGACCGGGACAUGAGGGUCAAGCUGGGGGACUUCGGGCUCUCGAGACUGUUGGUGGGCCCGGAAGCUACGGCGGCAGCUCAGAGCCCGUCUGAGGGCGUGUGGACGGGCCCACAGGGGACGCCGGGCUACUUGGACCCGGAUUACUACGCGUCGUUUAGAUUGAAUGAGAAGAGUGAUAUUUAUAGUUUCGGGGUGGUGUUGCUGGAGCUGAUGACGGGGAUGCGAGCGGUGGGCCCGGCCCAGGGGAUGUCAGGAGGGGUGGUGACGCUGGUGGAGAUGGUGGUGCCAAGGAUUCAGAUGGGGCUGCUGCAUGAGGUGAUGGACCCCACAUUGGCGGUUGGUGGGGAGGGGGUUGGGGCGGUGGCCGAGCUUGCUUUCCGAUGCCUGGCGGCGGAUAAAGACGACCGGCCGGACGCGCGCGAGGUGGCUGCCGAGCUGAGGAGGAUAAGGGCUGAGGUUUGA